UUUCUGAUAAAUUAAAAAAAUAGCAAGGAAUUUUAACAGAUAAUAUAUUCAUCAAGGUAGAGAGGAACUCAGUUCCUCUUUCCAAUAUUCUUUGUGUACACAGUACUCCUUUUGUUUUCUCGGAAACACAAUCAAUUCCUUCAUUACUCUCUCCGUCUCUCUCUCUGCGUGCUGAAGAAAAAGUCUGUGAUGCUUCUGCAUCCUUAAAUACAUAUCUCCCACUUUUCACUUACUUUUCUUGAUAGCUUCAUCCCGAAAAUUCUGUCUACUCACCGUUUUUUCCUCUGCGUUUUAUGAAUCUGACUAGUUUUAGUAGCUUCUGCAUCUUCCUUAAAGUCUCUGUUCAACUUCUUUCAGUUCUCUAUUCAAACCCUAGACCUGUUCUACUUGAUAGGUAUCUCUCUCUAGAUAUGCUAGAAAACCAUGCAAAUAAUAAAGUACUCAUGAUAUAAUAAUCACAGUUCACUCUACUUUUUUCUCUCCUCCGUUUCUCUCUUUUCAAAGCAACUUUCCCUGUUUGUCUCAGAUUCGAAUUAUAAUGUUGUUUAGCACAAAGCAAAUGAGAAGGAAAGAUUCCACCAUGCCUGAUCUGUCUCUGCAGAUCAGCCCUCCAUCGAUAUCAAUCUGUGAAUCCAAGUAUGAUCAUGGGCUGAAGAAAGUACCUGGCUGCAAUACUGAGGGGGGCUCUCCUCAUGAUUCGACCAGCAGUGGAAGUGAUUUGACCCUUGAAAAUGGUAUCUUUCACCCGGAAAAGAAUUUUAAUCAUCCACCUGUUGAACCCAGUUUGAGUCUUGGAUUUGAAACGGCUGGGUCGAAUCCUGUUCCGGUUCAUAUACCGACGCAAUUUCAUCAUUAUCAGACUCAUUUAUAUGGGAUACGAGGGUUCAAAAGAAGUUCGAGAAUGAUUAAUGGAGUUAGAAGUGCUAGAGCUCCUAGAAUGAGAUGGACUUCAACUCUUCACAGUCACUUCGUUCAUGCAGUUCAGCUCCUUGGUGGCCAUGAGAGAGCAACACCAAAAUCAGUUCUUGAGUUGAUGAAUGUGAAGGAUCUAACCCUAGCUCAUGUGAAAAGUCACUUGCAGAUGUAUAGAACAGUGAAGAGCACUGAGAAAGGAACUGGUGAAGGACAGACUGACAUGGGACUCAAGCACUGCUCGAAAGGGAUAGAAGUUGAAGGCUUAUCUUGUGAAAAUUCUGAAAAAGCUUCGCUGGCAUUUUCUUCCCACGGGCACUUGAGAUGUUCGUAUGAUGAAGAUAAUAUAACAAAGGUUGACGGACUCGAGGCAAACCACGGCACAUCUGAGAAGGAGAAUUUGGAUAGCUGUAAUAGCUCAUUGUCUUCUUCUGAUAAGUUACUUAAUCUUGAGUUUACCUUAGGAAGGCCAAGCUUUCAAAUGGACCACUCCAACUCCUCCCUUCUCAAGUGUUGAAAUUUAUAAUAGAUUUGCCUAAUUAUGUGUUCAAAUAGCUAGGGAACAUCUGUAAGAGAGACACAUGUUUCCUUUCUGUAUUCUCUUUGGAGCUGGAAAGUCAAAUUUUGGGCCGAAUUUAGCCAAGUAUUUAAGCGUGGACUGAGGAACUCAGCAAUAUCUAACAAAUUGAUGUCUGUCUGCUGAUUGUUUUUCUUUCAAUUAAAAUGUUGUAUCGCAA